ACAAUUUUAUUUUUUUAUUAUAUGUUUUAGACGCAGGUUUCUACCGAAGAAAAUAGAGAAACGUUUACGGCUAUGACGGCCGAACAUGUGUCCCAGACUCCGGAGUCUUGUGCUUUGUUCGAUUCUGCUAGUGCUAAAGUUGCGCUACCUACGAGUUUACCUGUUCCAUCAAACCAGGUCUUAUCGGAUGCGGCAUCAUUAGGUUCCGUGAUGACUAUUGAAACCGAAAAUCCGUUCUCCGUUUCACAUCACACACAAACGCAGUCGGCAGAUCAGCAGAUCAUCUGUGAAAGCAACAUUGAAUACAUUCAACUUGAAAAUGGAGCUGUAAUGCCUCUAAUAUGUGAACCUGCUUUAAAUGAAAACGCAACCGAAGAUGAAAACGAUUUUAAUAAACGUUGUUGUCAUGUUACAGAAGUAAUAAAUCGACUCGACGAUAUAGAGAAUGAAAUAAAAGCAAUAAAAGCUCUUACACUGCAAAUGACAAAUUUUAUGGCCAACAUGGAUAAAUUCAUGACAAAAAAAAAUGAUUCAAGUCGGACUACAAUCAAACCAGAAACUGAGAGUUUUUCAGGAUGUAAGGAAUUUUUAUCACUACAAACAAAGGAAGAUUUGAUACUACUGGAAAAAAAGUUAAAAGACGACAAUUUUCAAAAUCGCAUACUCAAAUAUUGUAAAUCGAUAUUUAAUUUAACUGGAAAGCGUGAAGGAACGCCCUUUUUUAAAACCUUCCUACGUAAAAUAUUAUCUCCAAAGAUUCUCAAACCGUUUUCUUGGCAGGGAAAUCCAAGACUCAUGAAAAAUUCAGAUGGCAGUCAUAGUGGCCAUAAUGAAAGUUUCAGAGGAAACUUCCCAAAUUUCGUUCAUUUCGUUUUUUUAGUCAUAAGAGCGGCAGAUUUCGAGUUUACUGAAGAGAGUAAUAAUAAAUCAUUCUCUAAUUUUCUACGGAUGAAAAACACAGAAAUUAAACGAUUCGAGUCUGGCAAAGGAGGUCGUGCAGCUUAUACAAGAAAACGUAAAAAUCCAAACAAUAUUGAUGAUAAUCAAAAUGUAUUAGUCAAAAAGCCAAAAAAGGGUAAGAAUGUAAACGACGCUGCUAUCCCUAAUAUAAAAAUGGAAAGAAAUGAGUUGGAUAAUAAUUCGAUUACGAGUGAAGAAUCACAAGACGACGAUGGCAAGAGUGACACUAGUUGCAGCUCAGAAUCUAAUGCAGAUAAUUAGUAGAAGCAAAUGAAUCAUAUUAAAC